CUUCUUGUUUCCCACAAUGCUAGGCGACUGUCACCACCAAGAUGGCCGACGCUAUGGAGGAAUAUGAGAAAGAAGCUGGCUGCGUCCCUAUUCUCCAUCCCGAGGAAAUCAAACCCCAGAGUCACUACAACCACGGCUACAGCGAGAACGUCAGCCGGAAAAACCAUGUGGAUGACUACAGCACCUGGGAUAUCGUCAAAGCCACACAGUACGGCAUCUUCGAGCGCUGCAGGGAGCUGGUGGAGGCGGGCUUUGACGUUCGGCAGCCAGACAAAGAAAACGUAACGCUCCUCCACUGGGCCGCCAUCAACAACAGGAUAGACUUGGUGAAGUACUAUAUAUCAAAGGGGGCCAUAGUUGACCAGCUGGGCGGAGACCUCAACUCUACACCUUUGCACUGGGCCACAAGACAAGGCCAUCUCUCCAUGGUGGUGCAGCUCAUGAAGUAUGGUGCAGACCCGUCUUUGAUCGAUGGGGAAGGUUGCAGUUGUGUUCAUCUGGCCGCCCAGUUCGGCCACACUUCUAUUGUGGCAUACCUCAUCGCCAAAGGACAGGAUGUGGAUAUGAUGGAUCAGAACGGCAUGACUCCUCUCAUGUGGGCAGCUUACAGGACACACAGCGUCGAUCCCACCCGGCUGCUGCUGACCUUUAACGUGUCGGUCAAUCUGGGCGACAAGUAUCACAAGAACACGGCGCUGCACUGGGCCGUGCUGGCCGGCAACACCACCGUCAUCAGCCUGCUGCUGGACGCCAACGCUAACGUCGACGCGCAGAACAUCAAGGGCGAAACACCUCUGGACCUCGCCAAGCAAAGGAAGAAUGUCUGGAUGAUCAAUCACUUACAGGAAGCGCGGCAGGCCAAAGGUUACGACAGCCCGUCAUAUCUGAAAAGACUGAAGAUGGACAAGGAGUUCAGGCAGAAAGUGAUGCUGGGAACUCCGUUCGUCGUCAUCUGGCUGGUGGGUUUCAUCGCUGACCUGGACGUCGACUCUUGGCUGAUCAAGGGCAUCAUGUAUGCUGGCGUCUGGGUCGCCGUGCAGUUCCUCUCCAAGGCUUUCUUUGACCACUCCAUGCACAGCGCUCUGCCUCUGGGAAUCUACCUGGCGACCAAGUUCUGGAUGUACUCCACCUGGUUUUACUGGUUCUGGAAUGACCUUCCAUUUGCCACGGUCCAUAUACCGUUCCUGGUCAACACCCUGGCUUUGUUCUACAACUUCGGCAAAUCCUGGAAGUCUGAUCCUGGAAUCAUUAAGGCAUCAGAGGAGCAGAAGAAAAAGACAAUUGUGGAGUUAGCCGAGACAGGCAGCUUGGAUCUAAGCAUAUUCUGCAGCACCUGCUUGAUACGGAAGCCCAUCCGGUCCAAACACUGUGCCGUGUGCAACCGCUGCAUCGCAAAGUUUGACCACCACUGUCCCUGGGUGGGGAACUGUGUGGGAAGUGGGAAUCACCGCUACUUCAUGGGCUAUCUCUUCUUUCUGCUUUGUAUGAUCUGCUGGAUGAUAUACGGCUGCAUCUCCUACUGGAAGAUGCACUGUGCCACCAGUUAUGCCAAGGAUGGCUUCUGGCUCUACCUGACCCAGAUUGCCUCUUGCUCGCCUUGGAUCUUCUGGAUGUUCCUCAACAGCGCCUUCCACUUCAUGUGGGUAGCUGUGCUCAUCAUGUGUCAGCUCUACCAGAUCGCGGCUCUUGGAAUCACCACAAACGAGCGGAUGAACGCUCGGAGAUACAAGCACUUUAAGGUUACGGCCACGUCCAUCGAGAGCCCCUUCAACCACGGCUGCAUCAGAAAUCUCAUAGAUUUCUUCGAGAUCCGCUGCUGUGGCCUGAUCCGGCCUGUGACUGUGGACUGGACCACGCGCGCUAGCUGGUGUAGAAUAGACUACAGACGACCAGGCUGGGAGGAAAACAGCUAAACCAGUAUUGUGUAAUUUUGAGCGAUCUGGAGCUUCAUUUCAGUGUUCUCUUGUUUUUGUGGACCACCUUUCCUUUGCCAAUCUAAGACUGGAGAAUUAGACAAGACAAGCAUGCAGUUAUGGGGCAUCAUCAUCACCCCUGCCCUUUUUCACUACUACUACUACUACUUACCCCCUCAAAUCCCCAUCUUCUCUCCUGGGCCUUUUGGACGGUGUGUUGCUGCCAAACACAAGCAGAGUGGGGAGAGCUCUAAAAUAAAAGCUUGUCUGUCUGUCUGUCUGUCCCGGAGACGUGAAACUCUGUGAUGAGGCAGCAUUGUCCCUUCACCCUCCCUUCUGCCCUCCCUGUACUUUAUAUCCCGUUUUCGUUGUGUGUCUUUGAUGUUUCGAAUGAUGAUCAGAUCGGGAAUGUUUCGGUUUGGCAGUGCUUAAUUGUUGCCAGGGAAGCCUAAAGGAACGAUUUUUAGGGAAAGGAAACGUGAAUUGACUCUCGGUUUGAUAGGAAUAAGGGAAUGUCUUUUUAAAGGUCUUGAUUUUUUGCACCGUGCCGAAUCACGAACAGAGCCGACGAGGACUUGCCGAACUUAUCAGAUGAAAAGUGUUGGGAUUUCAGGAGGGAACUGUUGGAGGAAUCCCAUCUCUUUUUUUUUUUUUCUCCCCACCCCGACCGCUUUCUGCUAAAAUAAAGCUGCAUCCACUGUAAUAAUCUGGAAACGGUGCAGCGCCCAAGCAGAACUGGGACUCCCUCAGCAGCCAACCACGCUGAACACCACAGAUAUCCUCCAGACAAUGUGAUACAGGUCUAUUUAUUUUAAAACUAUUUAUAGAGAAAGUAACUAUGUUCUAGCGCCAUCGUUUUUACAUUUCACAUCAUAUUAGCUGUAUAGGAUUUUUCUUUUUUCUUUUUUUUUUCCAAUAAGGAAGAGAGCAUUUUAAAGAGGUAUAGAUGACAUGAAAGUGGAUAACUAGAAAACAAAACAGGUACAGUGAGUGUAUUUAUUCAUAGAAACGGAAGAGGAAGUAAGAAGUUUACAGAAAAGCCUCAUUCCAGACGUUUCUCUUUUUAAAGCUGUAAAGUCUUAUUUGUUGUGUCUUUUUGUCUGCCUACGAUGUUGCACUGAUCGUGUUUUUAUUUUAGUUCGAUGAAUAUAUAUAUUUUUAUUUGGCCGUUACUGAACAGGAGGUCCAGCAGUUUCACGCCAACACUUCCAUUGUUAGCGGAGAGGGGAACCGUGGGGGGAGAGAAGGUCCUCUCUUCCCAGAAACCCCUGCGUGCGUGCGGAUGCGUGUGUGUGUGUGUGUGCGUGUGUGUGUGUGAGUGAGAAGAUCCUGCAGCAGCAGCAGGAGGGACUGAGAUGUAAAGAAUGUGCAUUUGUAUAUAAACGGUUUUCUCCUUUGUCAGUGUUAGUUGAAGGUGCUCCUGGGGAUUUUAUUUUCUUGUUCUUUUGUUGACCUAAGCAUAAAACGGAGACAGUCAAAUUACUAUAAUCCAUGUUGUAUGACUGUAGCUUUUAGUGAUGUCCGACGCUGCUGUCUAUAGGCAUUUGAGCCCGCCCCGUUCCCCUUUAAGUACCUGGAAUCUCUCCACUGCAUGUACAGGACAGCUGGGCUCUCGCAACGGCCCCUCCCUACCCCCCCCCUUAUCAUGGUCACCAUGGUGACAGCCCAGCAAAAGCCACGUUUGUCUGUAUAUAGUGAAUGUUAAAGUAUUUGCAAGUAUGUUUCUGCAUUAUGUUCAUCCAGUUUUUUGGGAGGGGUUUUUGAGUCAUUCUUCAGAUCCAGUGUGUUGUCAGUGGAGGUUGCCAGACUCCCAGGUGGGCCAUCCCAAACAGGUGUGUAAUAUAUUUGAAUGUUUCAUACUAGUGUUUUUUUUUUUGUUUGUUUGUUUUAUGUCAUACAUUGCUGGGUUUUUGUUAUACCACUGGAUGUAAAAAUUGUAAAGCAAAAAUACAAAUUUUUUUUCUUUUUUUUUUUUUUAUCUAAAAGCGGAGAUGUGUCCAUGCAAUAGUUUUAAAGGAUAGAGAGAGGUUAUAUUCUACGAAGCGGCUUUCGCAUCACCAGAAGAAGACGGGUUCCGUCGUCAUGGCGGAGCUACGCCCGUCGCUAAUCACUGAUGUCACUACGGAUGCCUCACAUGCGACUCGUAUCAUACAAUGCCUUUUUUUGUUUUUCUUUUCAAAGUGGGCAUCAGUGAAUGCUGGCUAUUUGGUUCAUCACUUUCAGGCUCAUUGUGAUCUCAAAACCUAUCUUAUAUUACACUAGAUCUUCCAGCAGCUGCAAAUGUCUACUCUACUGCCCCACCCCAGAUCAUUCACCUCACCAUGUGGGAUAAUAGAAGAAGAAGAAAAAAAAAAGCACAUAAUCAUCUCCAGUGCCUCUCUGCCCACCUUCAGAUACCACUGUAACUCCGCUUCAGAUGUAAACAUAUGGGCAUGGUUCAGUUUUAAUGGCUUUAAUAAUAAAAUACAGUCAAACGC